AUGAACAAUCGGAGAAACAAAUCAAGAAAAGUAAAUUCUUAUUUUGGAGUGGCUAUGAAGGAUGAUUCCCGGAGACUUCUGGAAAGCUUCAACUCUGACGAAAAAGAGCACACACUCACGAAAAGUAAAGCAGAACCCUAUACCUCAAAAGAGGAAAUGGUGCUGGAGGAAAGUGAGUCUCCUCUGAACAGUAACGUCACGGCAUUUGCAUUAAAGGCAAAAGUGAUCUAUCCCAUCAAUCAGAAAUUUAGGCCUUUGGCAGAUGGGUCAUCCAAUCCAUCUUUGCAUGAGAAUCCAAAGCAGGCGGUUCUGCCUAAUCAGGUCAUGGAGACAUCUACGUCAGGCAGCCUGGGAUCCCUGAGCCAGGGAGACAAAGAGGACUGCAGUUCCUCCACGACAAUACAUUCCACAACAAGCGAUGACAGAUUUCAGGCUCGAGCCUUCCUCAAGGUGGCCAGCUUCCCUGAAGUGCUAAUGUGUGAGAGUUUUGAUGUUAAGCUCUGCCUUUGCAGUCUUAUUUUAAAAGAUCUCAUGCUUCUUGAUACUGAACUCAGAAAAGAAAAACAUGUGAUGUUUAUGCAGGUUCUCAAAGUAUACCUCACAGACUUUUAUCAUAAAAAGAAGAUUACUGAUGAUUUGUUCAAGAAGAUCCUUUUAAUUCAGGAAAAUGAUUUUGAAGAAUUACAGAAACAACUUGACUCUAGACUCCAGAAUACUGAGAUGUCAGGAGCCCAUAAUUCAGAGUACCAGACUCUAGAAGACUUAGAGAGGAAAGAAAGGGAAUAUUCUGAGCACGUAAUAGAUAAUAUGGAAGCUUUCUGGAAGCAGACUGACAAAGCCCAACAGGCUUUUUUGGACCAAUCAAAAUGCUCAAGUGCCAAAGCAACAAAGAUAAUGAUGGAUCUGACCAAGAAGAUGAUUGCAGUAGAAAGCUUAUUAAGUGAAUCUCAAGAUUUGCAGGCAAUGGACAUUCAGGAAAGGUUAUUCAACUGGGAGCUUAUGGUAAAAAUGAUUGAUUUGCUGAAGGCCUAUAUACCAGAAGAGUGCAAGUGUAGAUUAAAUAUUGUAUCAAAUAUUCUGGACCAUUUAACUGUAAAGAAUAAUCUCUCAGUCCGACAAAAGGAAGAACUUUUAACGGAUCUCCACAAGGCCUUCUGGGAACAGCUGGCACAUUUCAGUAAUGAAUGUAUCCAGCAAAGUAAAGACCUGAUCUUGAAACGACUGGAGUGCCGUGCAAAGAAGAGAGAAGAGUUCAAACACAGACAGAAGGCUGAACAAGGGAGUCUCCUCAGUAAAACUUUUCAUAUUGAAGAUGUUCAUGAUUUUCUUAAGGCUUACCAUGAGCUGUUAGAGAAGCAUCGGCGAGCACAGUGGGAACUGGAGGAGGAGGAUGACUGUGAGAGCACAGAGGCUGUUGCAGAUCUCUACAAGGAACUGUACUCUAAAGCUUGCCAUGCUUUAGCGGAGUUGGUGACGAAGCUGUUUCUUCGGACCCUGCCUGUUGUGACCGGCCUCUCUGUAAGCGAAUGUGAGCUUCUGAAAGAGGAAUGGCAGGAGAAUUUGGUCCCUCAGCUGGAGAAAUGGGAGACCCCACGCCAGAGACGCUGGAAGCUUUUCCAGGAACAGCUAUUGCAAGAAAAAAAACUAUGGAUGAAGGAAUAUGCUCUGUCUGCUGUGAUGCAAAAGCAUCUGUCUGAGAAACAAGAGAAGAUAAUUCAAGGUGUCAUAAGCAGACUAGGAUGCCUCAGUGAUGAGUCUGUUAACUAUAUAUUGCAAAAACACCGACUUCUGCUGUGUUCAGUACUCACAAGGUUAACCCUCCGAAGAGUUGGAAUGGCAGCCCUGGCGCGCAUGAGAAUGUCCAGAAAGAAGAGCUUGCUUCAGGAACUGAGAGAGCAACAUACCCUGCAGAAGGGAUCCUCCCCCUGCCAAGAUGAGGACCAGUGGCAGCUACAGAAGGCAGUGGAGUCCCACAUUCUGGAAGAGGAGGAGAAGCUCGAGGAAGAAACGCAGCAAACCCAUUUAGAAUUUCACCAGCAGCUCGUCACAGAAAUUCAAGAAGCUCUUCAGUUUCUUCAGCAGCACAUGGAGCAGGUGAUUGGGCGGACACUGCUGCAGCAUGCCCGACGGGAAGCUGGAAAAAAGAGUUCAGAUGAUGGACAGGACUUCAAGGAGAGAUUGGUGGAAGCCGCUGUAGAAAGUGUGUAUGGGACCAGCAAUAAUAUCAAUAGACUGGUGCAAAAUUACUAUCAGCAGAUAGGAAAAAUCACAGAAGGCUAUGAAGGGAAAAAGCUUCAACAAUUGAAAUCCUUACAAGCAGAAAGAGGUGAAAGAAACAGACUUAGGAAGAAACAAGAGAAUGAGCUGGCAUUGAAAGAAAAACAGACCAAAGGCCUCCUGAACAUAUCAUCCACAGUCCAUCAAAGGAUGGUGCUGCAGCAAAAGAAGGUUUUGGCUCAGUUUGAACUGCAGCAGCAAAUUCGUCUGGAGUCUCUGAAACAGAAGCUGCUGGGAUUGCAUCACCUAGAAACUGAGUUGGAGAAUCAGCUAAAGGAAGCAGAGCAGGACUUUGUGAGCGACUUGGCUACGCUAGCCCGAGUUCCCGUGGCUGUGAAGAAGCAGCCUUCCAAAAGGAGCAAGCCAACAGCGGAAAAAACAAACUCAAAAAGAAAGAGCUUUCAGUCACCAGAAUCAGAAGACAAAGAUAAUUCUCAUGAAAAUAUUCAGGAGCCCCCUGGACUGACUUCUGGCUUAUGCAGAGAGAGGUUACAGAGUCCACAUGAAGGGGAGACUGAACCAAGUAAAAACUCAAAGAUGCUAAAAAAAAGAGGCAACAGGUAGUAAAAGCAUUUAUGUGAGCUGUCUGAACACAGAGUACCAAACCAUUCUUCUGGGGAAUAUCAGCAGCUAUAAAUACUUACUGAGCUGCUUUACUGAGGAACAACGAAGAACAUCAAUAAUAACCGAGAAAUCUUCUUUAGCUACAAGACCAAGAAUCAAUCCCAUGUUCCUUUAGCUGAUAAUAAAGCAUUCCCACAUGGUUUUGGUGAGGGGGAACAAGGAAUUCUCUAAUAUAAGCUCUUCCAGGUCGCUUGGGGAAUGUGGAGGGGAGAUAGUUUUAGAUUAGGAAUAUCCCUGAGGAAAGUGCACUGAUAGCAGAACAGAUCAACACUAGGCUGGUGCCCAGGUCGAUGCAUCUCAAUAAGGUUUCAUUAUAAUAGUGAUGUGCCGUUGGCUUUUGAGCCCUAAAUGUGGUAGAUCAGGUCUUAAUAUUUUGUGAUUACUGCUUUGAAGUAACAAAAAUAUAUAGAAAUGUAAAGAAUACAUAAACAGACUUCAUUCAGAUGGUAUUGGUACGUCAAAAGAUUAAAUUUGGUCUCUUUUGUUAUAUUUUAUUGCUUCCUAGGC